ACUGUGGCAAAGGUUCAAACUGCACAUUUUCCGAAGGCUGGACUAUUACGAAAACAUGCAUAUGCAAAAAAGGAUAUGAAGUUGAGGAGAAUAUUUGCAAGGGUCCUUGUUCACCGGAUCCAUGUAAAAAUGGAGGAACCUGCAUUGAUAUUCCAAAUUCCUACAAGUGUGCGUGCCCACCGAAAUACACUGGCCAGAACUGCGAAAAACAGCAACACAGAUCCCUGUAAACCAAAUCCAUGUAAGCACGAUGGAAAAUGUACGGUGACCAGCACUGGAUAUACUUGUUCCUGUAAAUCUCCGUACUCGGGAAAGCAAUGUGAAGACGAUCCGUGCAGCUCAAAGCCUUGUCAAAACAAUGGUACUUGUAAAGUAGAAAAGGGAACCUACAAAUGUGAAUGCAAAUCUGGAUAUUCUGGAAAAAACUGCGAAAGUGAUCCGUGCAGCUCAAAGCCUUGUCAAAACAAUGGUACUUGUAAAGUAGAAAAGGGAACCUACAAAUGUGAAUGCAAAUCUGGAUAUUCUGGAAAAAACUGCGAAAGUGAUCCGUGCAGCUCAAAGCCUUGUCAAAACAAAGGUAUUUGCAAAGUAGAAAAGGGAACCUACAAAUGUGAAUGCAAAGCCGGAUAUUCUGGAAAACACUGCGAAAGUGAUCUGUGCAGUUCAAAGCCGUGUCAGAACAAUGGUACCUGUAAAGUAGAACAGGGAACCUAUAAGUGCACAUGCAAAACCGGAUAUUCUGGAAAAAAUUGUGAAAAUGAUCCGUGCAGCUCGAAACCUUGUCAGAAUAAUGGCAGUUGCGUAGUAGAAAAUGGAACCUACAAAUGCAAAUGCAAACCCGGGUACUCUGGAAAAACGUGCGAAAUUGAUCCCUGCAAGCCGAAUCCUUGCAUGAAAGAUGGAAAAUGUGUCGUCACCCCUAUAGGAUAUAGCUGUUCGUGUAAGCCUCCAUACUCAGGGAAAAACUGCGAAAAUGAUCCCUGUGUACCGAAUCCAUGUAAAAAAUGAUGGGAAAUGUAACUUAACCACCACCGGCUAUAACUGUUCCUGUAAAUCUCCAUAUUCCGGAGAAAGCUGCGAAAAGAAUCUCUGUGAACCAAAUCCCUGCCAGAAGGGUGGAAAAUGCGAAACAGUUAAUGGAAUCCUUGAAUGCAAAUGCAGGAAACCAUAUUCAGGAGAGUUUUGUGAAAGAGAUCCCUGCAGCUCAAAUCCAUGUCAGAAUGAAGGUACGUGCACAGUGAAAGAACUUGAUUUUGCUUGCGACUGUAAACAUCCAUUUACAGGAAAGAAAUGUGAAAUAGGUAUGAAUUACUGAAAUCCAGUUUACUUAAGUUAAAAUACUAAAGUUCAUUUACACAUGAGUUGUAAAAAUUUGAUAAUUUAAUGCAGAAAAGAAACGUUAAAGAAAUAAGUAAGAGUCUUAAUUUCUAGAACUUAUUAAAAAAAAGGGCCAAAUUAAAGUAAUACUUUAAUGUGCUGAACUUGUAUGUUUUUUUCUUAGACAAAAAGCGAUUAUCAGAUUGAUUACAAUACUCAGUACUUGACAAAACCUCUAUUUAGCUCUUGACAAAAAAUAUUCAAUGGGAAUCAAAUAAAAUCAAUCUAAUGUAUGAAUGUAUAAACUAUGGUUACUUCUCCUACGAGUUUCUAUUUCAGAAUAAAGCAGUAAGAUAGAAGUUAAAAGACAAAUAUUUCGCGUUCACCCAAAUUCCGUAACACAAAUGCAAAUUAAUAAUUAGGUUUCAAAACGUUUCUGACAAUAGAAGCUCAAAAACAUUAAUAUAUCUCCGAAGAAAAACAUCAGUAGUGGCAAAGCCAAGAAACCUAGUAGAAAAUGAAAUGUUAUCUUUCAAACGUUGAUGAAUUCAACAGCAUUCAGUUUCACCAUUCACACUGCAUAGUUCAUUAUACCAGUGAAGUUACCCGUCACAUAGUUCUCGAAGGAAAACAUUGUUACGUAUAGCUAUUUCAUCGAUGUCAAAAAAAAAAAAAUAUGAA